UAAAAGUAGUCGUUUGGUAGACCCGGAACCUUUCAGUUCUCGUUAUUUUCCCCGGACGUAAUUGUCUGACGGACCCAGGAGUGGUAGCGACUUCCGGCUAAAUUGUCAACAUUCGACCACGAGUUGUGGGUAAAGAUGCCGAAGGCCCAGAAAGCCAAAGUGGGGGACAAGGUUGUUCACCCGCUCAGCAGGAAAGCUGCCUACCUCGCCCGGGAGGAAAUCCGACUCAAGAAGAAGGACCGACAAAGAAAUGACAAAGCUGUGCGCCUCAGUGGAGUGUGCGAGAAGCUGUUGUGGUUUCAGAAACAACUGGACCCAGCAAAGGCGACGUUUACAAGACGGGAUGCCUGCGAAAUAAUUGAAAGGUACCUCCACAGGUUCGAUUCAGAACUCGAGCAGAUUGAGUUGGUGAAUGGGAUCAAAGGUCGCCAGGGUCGUCUCCAUGGAGCCAGAGAAAACGUCAUCAAGCAAACAAUCGAACGGGAACGAGCUCUAUUCGAGGGCAACGGAUUCGAGAUUCCAGAUAUCAUCAAUGCCAAACAUCUGAAGACUUUCAGGGAGUGGACAGGCGACCUUCAAAAGCUGCCCAAUAUAAAGCUCCGCAAGGUUUCGAACAAAGGUCUGGAGUCAAAAGGCGACGGCGGUGAUGACGACCACGAUGUGGAUGAGGAAAUGGAUGAGGCGGUGCUGAUGACCGACUGAACUUGAAUGAAAAUGAAGCAGAAAAUGAAUCGGCAGCAGGGAUCCAUCAGACUGUGUGAUGUGCUGUUCCCUCAGAGAAGAAACGUGACAGGAGCAGGACUGUGACGGCGGUUCUACCUUUAUUAUAAUGCAGCCUGAACGUGCCAUUGGAUACAACUGAACUGUAAACAACACAGUAAUGAAAAACUAUAGAGAAUGAUACGACUCCAAAUGAAUCCUUUUAAAGAACGGACCUGGGUGGUCGAAGCUGUAGCAGUCAGUCACUCUAACACUUUAUCAUGUGAAACAACAGCUGACCCCUCAGUUACAAUAGAAAAACACGAGUGUAAAAUACCAGGAUGAGCGUGUGCUAGGACAUCACUGCUGGACGUGGAACUGAAUUAAAGUGGUUUUAAAACAUCUAUGAGUCAGCAGGUGUUGGCUAAGAUGGUCAAGUCAGGUUCAGGAUAAGCAGCAGACUUGUGUUUGGAAGAGAGCAAGUCACAGUCAGAACCAAGUGAAGACAGGUCAAGCAAAACAUCC